GGGACUGGCACGCAGAGCAUUCUUCUGAACACCCUGCCUUCGAGUACUCGGAUGACGACGGCCAUGUCACGACGAUCCGAUGGCCAGAGGCAAACCGGGCUAUGCACAGGGGUGGACGCUUCGUCAAAACCUUUGCCGAGUCACGUCCUGCUUUGACUGAGCGAAAGCCAAUUGUUUCUAUCGUUGCAUCCCCAGACACAAUUACCUACGUCACAAUGCUGAUCGGCGUCCAGCGGGCGGGCUUCGUCGCCUUCCCAGUCUCGCCAAGGAACUCGCCCGCUGCCGUGGCGCACCUGCUCACAAAGACUGGCUCGGAGUACCUCCUUGUCGGCCCUGAGCCCGCGCUUCAGGAGCUGGCGGCGACUGCGCUCGGGAUCAUGCGCGAGUCGAACACGGCUCUGCCACACAAGGCACAGAUGCUGGUCUUCGAGGAUUUGUACAACAACGCUCCGGUCGAGUUUUUGCCACCUGUGCACGCGGACUUCGACGACCUGACGAUUAUGAUGCACUCCUCAGGAUCAACCGCGUUCCCCAAGCCGAUUGCCUGGACACAUUAUCGCCAAAUCAUGAGCGGUCGUUUGCCAUACCACGGCGAACAAGAUCUCACGGGAGUUCGCUUUGCCUGCCACACAUUGGCUAUCUUCCACGCCAUGGGUAUCCUGCAGGUCGGCUUCCAGCCAUGUGUCGGAAGCAUCAUGACUACUUUCAAGCCGCAGUCGCCAGCACGCGUCCCCGCCCCCGAUACCAUGCUCAGUGCCGUGGCCACCACAAAGAGCGACCUUAUCAUUUGUGUGCCGAGCUUCGUCGAGGAAUGGGCAAAGGUUCCUGCGUCUAUCGAGAUCCUCAAGAAGACGAAGGGCAUCCAAUACGGCGGAGGCCCUCUUGCCAAGGAAGUCGGCGACCAACUUAUCGCAGCCGGCAUUCCAGUCUUUACUAUGUACGGUACAUCAGAGUACGGUGUCAUGAACAAAAUCCUUCCAAAAACCGUCGACAAGGACUGGGAAUACUUUGACAUGCCUGAGGAGCUGAAAGCGCGCUGGCUCCCGCACGAUGAUGGUAACGUACAGCUGGUCCUCAUGCCAAGCGCCCUUCAGGUGCCCUCGGUCCUCAACAUCGUCGUCGAUGGUGUGCCUGGGUAUGACACGAAUGAUGUCCUCGCGCCACACCCCACGAAGCCCGGCUUCUACAAGGUUUUCGGCCGUACAGACGACCAGAUUAUGCAUAGCACCGGCGAGAAGACGAACCCUGGUCCGCUUGAGGCAAUUCUCAACCAGGACUCGCAUAUCAAAUGCGCUGUCAUGUUUGGCAGGGGAAAGUUCAACACGGGUGUCGUCAUCGAGCCAGCACCCGAGUUCAUUUUCGACCCUGUGGACAAAGAGAAGCUCAACGAGUUCCGGAAUGUGAUCUGGCCGACAGUGGAGAGGAUGAACGAUUAUGCUCCUCAGCACUCGCGCUUGUUCAAAGAGAUGAUCAUGGUCGCCUCACCACAAAAGCCGUUUACGUACACCGCGAAGAACACGGCCCGCCGUGCUGCCAUCGUCAAUGAGUACGCCGAGGAGAUCGAGGCGCUCUACGCUGCGGCGGACGAAGCGUCCGAGGACGACCUCGUCCCGCCUUCGUCGUGGGCGUACGAGCCGGCUAAGGAGUUCGUCCGUGCAGUAGUAACCCGGGUGCUCGAGCACGGCGUCGGUGACAACGACGACAUCUUCCAGCACGGCUGCGACAGCCUCGAGGCAACAUGGAUCAGGAAUUCGCUGCUCCACGCUCUACGUGACACGACCAAAGUCGACACGCGGCGGGUCCCGGGCAACUUUGUGUACCAGAACCCGACCGUCGACGCACUCGCGACGUUCGUCGCCAGCCUCGCGAACGCGGACGGCGAAGCCGGUUCGGAACAGGAGCGCGCUGUAGCAUUCAUGAACAGUAUCGUCGGGAAGUACACGCACGACCUCCCGACGCACAUUCCCUCCGCACCUGCGCCGACUGCGGAAGUCGUCCUCGUUACCGGUACCACAGGCGGCCUUGGCGCGAGCCUCCUCUCGCAGCUCAUACAGAAUGCAUCGGUGCGGCGCGUAUAUGCGCUCAACCGCAAGAGCAGCAAGCCACUCGCAACGCGCCAGAAGGCAAGCCUUGAGGAGCGCGGAUACGAUCUCGAUAUCCUGUCUUCCGAAAAGCUGACGCUUGUCGAAACAACCGUCGAGGACGACAAACUUGGCCUGCCGGACGAGCUGUACGAGGAACUCCGCACGUCGGUCACGCGCGUCAUCCACAAUGCAUGGCCGGUGAACUUCAACCUCUCGCUUCGCUCCUUCGAGCCCAGCGUACGUGGUGUGCGCAACCUUAUUGAUCUGGCGCUCUCAUCUCCUUACCCGGUGCCGCCGCAAAUCGUCUUCGUGAGCUCCAUUGGCGUCUUCCGCGACAUUGACGUGUCCAAGCCGGUGCUCGAGAGGACGCUCGAGGCGCGCGUUGCUGCUGGCUCCGGCUACAGCGAGUCGAAGUGGGUGUCCGAGGCGAUCCUGAGCACUGCCGCACGCGAGCGGGGGCUCCCUACGGUCUCUGUCCGCGUCGGCCAGAUGACCGGCUCGCUCUCUGGAGCAUGGAACACGCAGGAGUGGUUCCCGUCGCUGGUCAAGUCGAGCGUGUACCUCGGCUGCAUUCCCAUUCUCGACAAGACUAUCUCAUGGAUACCGGUCGAUUCCUCGGCGACAGCCCUCAUCGAGAUGAUGACUGCAUCCGCAUCGACGCUACACCUCGCGCACCCGCGGCCCGUUGAGUGGCGCGCGGUGACUGUGCCGCUCGCGGACGCGUUCGGCCUUGAGCAGGUGUCCUAUGACGAGUGGAUGGCGCGCCUCGAGAAGAGCGGUCGCGGUCUGAGCGCCGAGUCCGAGGUCGAGAUGAUGCGCCACAACCCGGCGCUGAAGCUCUUCGACUUCUUCAAGGAGGCCCAGACCUUCGCUGGACGCUCCCCCGAGGCGAUGGGCCUCCCGCAGAUGGAUGUCACCGAGGCCCAGAAGGCCGCACCGUCUCUGCGCGUGAUGCCCCAGUUCAGUGGAAAGGAUGCGAUGAACUGGGUUGGAUACUGGAAGCGCAUCGGAUCCCUGCAGUAAAUAACGCUUUGUGAUACCCCCAAACACCAUAUCUCUAGAGCUCAUUGACUCUAUUCCAAUUGUAUAGUAACCAGAAGCAUGUUUGUAGCGUAGCAAGUAUAGAAUUUACAAUCUUU